CUUAAGAAGUAGAUCAGAGACGAGCGUGAGAACGAGACGCAGAAAAGAAAAGAUGGGCAACACGGGAACAAUGUUUGAAUUCGGAUGGAUUAAAAUGUCUUUAAACCUGAUGCUGGUGCUUCAGUUUACAGCAGCUGUCACAGGACAAGAUUCAUUCUUUGUCAGAGAUGGAGAUGAAGCCGCUCUGCCUUGUAAAAAUGCCAGACAUGAUCAGGAUAAAUGUGGCAGUACUUACUGGACCUUCAGUCAUUCAAUAGAAUCAUCUGUAGACCUGGUUGUCCAGGGUCAGAUUGGUAAAGAUGCUCAGACUAAAUCAGACAGACUGAGUCUGACAGAGAACUGUUCUCUGGUUCUAAAGAACGUCUCACGUGAGGAUUUUGGUCUGUACGUCUGCAGACAGUUUGAAUCAGGACGACAACAAGCUCCAGAUGCUCUGGUUCUUCUGUCUGUUGUUACCAUAACUGAACAGAAGGACGGUGAUGAGGUGACGUUAACCUGCUUUGUGUCGACGUAUGGAGACUGUAGACAGUCAGUCUCAGUGAAGUGGCAGUUUAUUGGUACAGAUGUGGAUAAAUAUAACAAAGACUUGAGGACUUCACAGAAUCGCUGCUCAGCCACUGCAAGCUUUUCAACUUCUCAUUUCAUUUACACGUCAAAGAAAUAUGAGUUACUGAAAUGUGAAGUGAUGAGCCGUUCCUCUAAGAAAAAGCAACAGUUUACCUUCAGAUCUCAGUCCUCAGGAAAAAACAGAAAAACACCUGGAAAUGACGGGAAAACAAUGGACGGAGAGAUAG